ACCAGACACCCAAUAUUUCUACAUUCAUCAAUUGAUCACGGCAUUUCUUCUGAUUCCACAAUUAGUAACGGAUUGCCGAACUCGAAGCUUUUCUUCCUCUCAAAUUUUAACGAUGGAGGCCACCGAGGAACAAGGAGCUGGGAUCCUGCACUGCAUCCUCCCGCCGCGUCUCGAAGACGCCGGCCUCGAAGACUGCGCGCUCCCGCCGGACUCCAUCAAGGAAGCCUUCCUCAAAGCCGCCACGGCCGUCAAGUCCUCGAUCUUCACGUCCGACGAAGAUGAAGAAUCCUUCGAAGAUUGCGUCAAUGACCCCUGGCCGGACCUGAAGGAUCGGACCGGCGAGCUGGUCGGAGCCGAGCCGGAGACUCGGUCGGCGGGACCGUGCGGCGGAAACAAGGGCGGGUCGGUGGACGUGGGCGGAGAUGAGGUGGUGGUGGGCGGCGAGGAGGAGAAAGGGGACAAGGUGAUGGUUGGAGGUGAAGAUGUGAGAGAUGGCGGCGGAGAUAGGGAUUGUGUGGAUGGAUUGGCAGGAUUAGAGAUGGGAGAGAAGGUGAAGAAGGGUGAGGAGGAAGAGAAAGAUGGUGGAGGAGCAAUUUUGGUAGAAGGUUAUGUUUGAAACCCUAAUUUUAGAUUUUAGAUUUUAGAUUUUAGUAAUUGUGUUUGAUCUUUUGGGAAUUUGAUUACUUGAUGUUUCUUGUCUACUGUAUAGUGUUAUGAGCACUAGACUAGUAGCUGUGAUAAACAAAAUGUUUAGUUAGUUUGUGAUAUGAGAGUUGCAAACUUGAUUGA